UUCGUUUAUCGCACGCCAAGACGACUACGUCGAUCACGACUAGUCAUUUGAAGCGUGAUGCUGCCUGUGCAAAUAUAAAGAUGACGGCAUCACUGUGCAUGAAUAAGCCGCGGUAACCACGAAAGGUGCAGUCCGACUGCAGUUUUUAAUCGGCCGUUCUGUGCGAUCGUUUGUCGUAGAAUCGCGUCUCGGCGUGCUGUAAAAAUGAAGACGAAAUCGAUGAUUGGCAGCUCAAGAUGGCUCGUUGUAGUAGGGAUGUUAAUGGCAGGAUUGUUAACUGUGUUUGCCCAGGCCAGUUACGGUCCUCCAGAGAGAUUAACUGGCAUGAAUCCUUGUAUUAGUAAACAAACGUGCCAUGAAUGUAUACAAACUCCACAUUGUGCUUGGUGUGCCGCACCGAAAUUCUCAGAAAAGCGGUGCUUCCUUCCAAAUAUCAACACCAAAAUAUUUGCAACUUGUCCUCCUGAAUAUACAUGGAAUCCAGACAAUGUGUUCAGCAUGUUAAGACAUCGUAACUUAACGAAAGGUGGUUAUGCUGCUGGUGGUGCUGCUGGAGGAGGAUACGGCAGCAUUGAAGGCUCGUAUUCUGGUUCAUCCUCUAGCUCGUCAUCCUCUUCACACUUCCACAAGGAGAGCUCCAGCAGCAGUGGCAGCAGAAAACAAGAAGCUGUCCAAAUGUGGCCACAAGAAGUCAAUUUGAAGCUUCGAAUAAACGAAGCUUACAGAAUGUCCUUUGCUUAUUCCCAAGCAGAGGAUUAUCCCGUUGAUCUCUAUUAUCUCAUGGAUCUGAGCAAGUCUAUGGAAGAUGACAAGCAAAAAUUGUCAGAUUUAGGCCAGCUGUUGGUCGAGAGUAUGAGUAAAAUCACGAGCAACUUUCGCUUGGGCUUCGGUAGCUUUGUCGACAAAGUUGUGAUGCCAUACGUGAACACGGUGCCAAAAUCUCUUAAAGAACCAUGUGACGGUUGUGCAGCGCCUUACGGGUACAAAAACAUCAUGAGGCUGUCGCAGGAUACAAGCCAUUUCGCGGGAUUAGUGCGGAAUGCAUUGGUAUCUGGCAAUUUGGAUGCGCCAGAGGGUGGCUUCGAUGCCAUCAUGCAGGCCAUAGUUUGUAGAAACCAGAUAGGCUGGCGCGAAAAAGCACGCAGACUGCUUGUGUUUUCCACGGAUGCUGGUUUCCAUUAUGCGGGCGACGGCAAACUAGGUGGCAUCAUAAAGCCGAACGACGGCCUGUGUCAUUUGGACAUGAACGGCACGUACACCCACUCGUCUCUGCAAGACUACCCGAGCAUCUCUCAAAUCAAUCUGAAAGUGAAGCAAAACGCGAUCAACGUCAUAUGGGCGGUCACGGAGGAGCAAAUCAACGUCUACAAACGACUGACGAAACAUGUAGAGGGUUCGUUCGCUGGCAAACUCACAGAGGACUCCAGUAACGUCGUGGAACUGAUCCGGGAGCAGUACGAUGCUAUUUCGAGCUCGGUAGAGAUGAAGGAUACCGCUAGCAGCGCGGUGAAAGUCAAAUAUUUCUCGAGUUGCUUGGGCACCGGACCAGCGAUUGAGACGUCCAAGUGUGACGGCUUGAAAGUUGGCACGAAGGUAGAGUUCAUCGCGGAGAUCGAAGUCACCAGCUGCCCAGCCAAUAGAUCGGAAUGGAAGCAGAAGUUCGAUAUUUAUCCGGUCGGCAUCAACGAAACUCUCACAGUGAAUCUCGAAAUGCUGUGCGACUGCGACUGCGAACGUGAGGGACACAUGUACGAGGAGAAGUCGCCCGAGUGUAACGGCGUGGGUACGCUCAAGUGUGGAAUUUGCGAAUGCUACGACGGCUUCUUUGGCAAACACUGCGAGUGCAGUCCGCAUCAAGAAAUGACAGGCUUUGAUAAACACUUCCAAUCGUGUCGACCCGACAACACUACUCUUGUAGACUGCUCCGGCCGCGGAACGUGCGCCUGCGGUCAGUGUGAAUGCGAAGAGCGUGAAAAUACAGAUGAGGUAAUAUCAGGACCCUUCUGCGAGUGCGACAACUUUUCCUGCGACAGAGAUCAGGGUCAACUGUGCUCCAAUCACGGUUCCUGCGAAUGCGGUCAAUGCGUUUGCAACGCCGGCUGGACCGGACAGUCUUGCAAUUGCAGAUCUUCCAACGACUCCUGCAUCGCUCCGGGAACCACGAACGGCGUGCUGUGCUCCGGUCAUGGCGAUUGCAUCUGCGGAGAAUGUUACUGCCACGAAGAAGGCAACACAAGAUAUUCCGGCAAGCACUGCAACAAGUGCCCGACUUGCCCGAGUCGCUGUGAGGAGCUGAAGAGUUGCGUGCAAUGUCAGAUGUACGGCACUGGGAACUACAGCGAGCCGGAGGAGUGCGCGAAGAACUGCAAGGAAUUCGUGCCUGAGGGUGUCGAGACGGUGAUACUCGACGUAGACAACGACGAGGUGUUGUGCUUCGGCACGGACGAGGACGAUUGCAAGUACAACUUUGUGUAUUACUACAACGAGACCAACUGCUUGAAGGUACGCGCGCAGAACGAGCGCGAAUGCCCGCCGCAGGUUUACAUGCUGGGCAUCGUGCUCGGCGUAAUCGCGGCGAUAGUUUUGAUCGGUCUCGCGUUACUGCUGCUGUGGAAGCUGCUGACAACGAUACACGAUCGACGGGAGUUCGCCCGAUUUGAAAAGGAGAGAAUGAUGGCCAAGUGGGACACGGGCGAAAAUCCGAUCUACAAGCAAGCGACUUCCACGUUCAAGAAUCCGACCUACGCUGGAAAAUAAUAAAUCUCGAGACGGAGGUAACGAGAAAAAGCUUUAGAAAGAACCGCUGCGACGCAAUCUCGAACGGUUCGCAAUCAAGUUGUGCGCCGGCUGACGGUGCGAUAUUAUCUCGAACUUAGCACGAAGCGGGAAUAUAUGCUUCGGUGAAUAUAUAUAUAUAUAUAUAUAUAUAUAUAUAUAUAUAUAUAUAUAUAUAACAAGAUAGAUUUUCAGCGUUUAUAAUUAUUUAAAGGAUUUAAUUUAAUACGGUAUUUUUAAUUGUUGAGAUAUUUGUAAAGAACGAUUUAAUACUGCCAUAUAACAUAGACUGUGUAUUGCGUGCGUGCAUAGAAAGAAAAGAAAAACACGCGCAAUUUGUUCACGGACGACUGCAAAGUAACGUCACGUCUCAUUACGAUCGGCGAUUUAAGAUCACGCUACUUAGGCUAAUUUUGAUAUUCAAGUGCCUUUAAUAUUACGACGAUGAUAUGCUUACAUUAACCUCUUAGUUACCUUUGCAUUUUCUAUAACAUACAUAAACAUAUAUACGCACAUAUUUUGUAUGCUGAUAAACAAGCAGCAUAAAUCGGCGACUCGUUAUUUGAAAAGACAAAAGAAGGAACAAUAGUGGACACAGGUAUCUCAUUGUCCUUUUUUUUAUCAUAAACUAAAUGACUCAAGGAUCUUCCUAUAUUAGGCGCUUUUCAGUGAAGAGACAAAUUUGUCACACCAUAUCGAUUGUAUGGUUUGCUGGAAAGCUCCCAUUAUAUCUUUUACUCAACGACAUACGUAUCUAUGACAUAUACGUAUAUACGAAUAUUCAUAAAGAUUUCUUAUAAAGAAGUUUUUAUAAAUCUACAAUAUAUUUAUUAACAUAUUUUCGAAAAAUGAGUUCAUUAGUGUGUUUCAUAUUGAUUUAUAUUAAAUCUAAUGAUGUUUGCCAUAUUUUAUAGGUACUCUUUAGAGGUUCUCAGCAGCCAUAUUUUACAGUAUUUUAUAAAAAUUUAUUUUUGUAUAUCCAGGUACAUGUGUCGUUGCUCUUACUAGUGCAAUCCAUGAAGCAUUACACUUCAUGCAACAAAAUCUGACUGCAUUUAUUCUCGGAUAUUUUGUCUUAUUAAUAUAAUCGCUUUAAUUGUAAAACAUUAUUUUACCUCUCUCUUGUCGUGUGACUCGAAAGUGUGUUUAUAGGAAAUUGUAUAAAUGUAUAAAGUACUGCCCGAGCCUAUAGAAGUAAGUUUUAACUCCGCGUUAUAACGUUAGUUAAACUGCACGAUUAUAUGAUACAUAUACACGAGAGGCAUAUUUUAUUUCACAUACGUAAACAUAUAUUACAGAUGUGCGUAACCGGUUACAAGAUAUUUAAUGUAAUCUCUAUAGAGAGAUCAGAAUUCUGGAGUAUACAGAGUGAAUAAUUUUGAAAAAAUAAGUCCGGUAUGCGAGUUGUCACGUCUAAUCGUACGUGAUAAUUGGUCUAUUUGAAGCGACUUAUAUCUUGUUUCGAAGGAAGUCUCGAGGAAGUUUAUACAAAAUAGGACUGAAAUGUUUAUCUUUCAAUUGUUUUCAUCACGAAUCUCCCAAAGCGAUAUCGCGCGAACAAUUAAGAUGCGUAGCAUAAUAAAAUUGUUCUUUUUUAUUGUAAUAAUUCUGACAAACAUGAAUCGCGUUCUAUUGCAUAAUCAUUGUAUUCGCUCGCCGUGUUGUUUUCGUUCUCACGAAAACCGACAGUUUUAUCUUUUUGACAAUUUUAUAGCAGCUAUAACUUUGCGCGAUGACAAAAUCAGUAUAUUGACGACGCUAUUAAUAAUUAUGUUUCUCGUUUUCUUUCUUUUUAUACUAGCUUGACUCGAAUUAAUUGUUAUUAUCUAUAUUACUCCACGUGCGAUCGAUCGCAAAACUCAACGGACUUCGAUGUAAACAUUAUGCGAGGAUUAAUAAAGAUGAUGUGUUAGUAAAUA